CCCGCCGCCGCCAUGAGCCCCACCUUCUCGGCCGCCGGUGAUGCACCCCCCGCCGGUGAAUAGCUUCUCCCCGAGUUCUCUUCCCCCGUCCCCUCUACACGCGAAGCUUUCUGUUCGAUGGUGUGCUGCCUCCGGUGACCACAGCGCCGUCGUCGAGCUCUCAAAUCCUGCCACCCGAUCCGGACAGAAGAUCGACUUCUUGACGAUUCCUCCGCCAGCCCACGGUCGGUCAGCUCCACACCCCGGAAGAUCGACCUUUUUGUGGAAGAUAUGGAUGUGGAGAAGAAAGGAGGUAGAAACUACCUUACCUGGACGGAUGAAAUGGAUGAAGCAAUGCUGAAUGUGUUCGUGGAGCAUUACAAUAGAGGGGAUCGUGCUCAAAAUGGGUGGAAGCCACAUGUUUACACUGCAGUUGUCAAGAAUGUUCGAGCCAAGUGCAAUGUGGAUAUCAUAAAGGAGAAUGUCAUAUCAAGGUGCAAGACUAUUGAUAGACACUAUGUCAAUGUCAGCAAGAUGUUGUCAACGAGUGGUUUUGGGUGGGAUUGGAUCCAUAACAAGCUUAUGGUUGAUAGUGAGGACGUGUGGAGAAACUAUGUCAAGGCAAACAAAGAUGCAGCAUGCUACAGGCACAAGGUCAUAAAGUUUUGGGACUCUAUCAGCCUUGUCUUCUCGAAGGAUCAUGCCACCGGAACCGGAGCCAGAACUGCUGGUGAAAGUGCAGCGGAAAUGGCUGCAGAGAAUGUCAACAACAUCAACACUGAUUCUGCCGCAACAUCUUCAACCCAAACCGGCGAGGAACAGAAGAGGAAAAGAUAUCGAUCGGAUGACUCAAUUGCAUCUAUGCUUGGAGAGAAAUUGGAUAAUUUUACCAGUGCCUACAAAGCUGAUAUCGCUCAAGUUGCUCCUCCUGAGAAACCCUCCUCUCCUGAAGAAAUACUUGACGCUCUCAAUGCAAUUGUGGGACUGGAUGAUGAUGGCUUGCUAGCAGCUUAUGAUUUCCUCAUAGCAGAUGACCGCAAGUUCAAGGCUCUUAUGGCGCUGCCUGAAAGGAUGAAGAAGAAAUGGAUCCUCAAGCAAAUCAACCAAUGAAGGAAAUUUUGGGUGAAGUGUGAUGUUGAACGAACAGAACGAAGAAAUGAAGAUCCUUGAGCAAUGAAAAUCUUUCUUGGAUGGUGCUAAUAAUGCAAAGAUUCAGUUUUUAUGUAACCUUGACUAGAUUAUGAUCAUUUGAUGUUGUUGUGAACCUUUGUCGUAUUGCAAAGAUUAACUUUUUACAAAGUCUCAUGUUUAAGUUAUAUGUAUUGGCAUGGUUCAGUUUAAUGCAAAACAUUGCCAUGUGUGAACAAACGAGCUGUCAAUGUUGGUGUUGGUACAGAUUUGUUCAUACUAUUUAUUCCUAGCACAAAGGCUAGUGCGUUGGUGCUGGUAU